AUGGAACCCUGGCUAGACUCCCUCUCGGAGGAUUGGAAGUCGGAACACCCCUCCUCCUCUCCCGCACCGUCGCUCUCGAGCAGCCGCCAGAAUCAUGGCAGCGUCGUGCUGUCCCGCUCCCAAAGCCAAAGCCGCAUUCCACAUCUGGCCAAGAUGAUGCGAAAAGACUCAUACUCAUCUACGGGGAGCUUCUUGAGGCAUAGGUCUACCAGGGGCCAGGCACGACCAAAUGGUGAAUCCAUCCUACGGGAACGCAGUGCAUCAAGCCUCAACAUGCCCCCUCAGCCGGGGUCCCAAAAACACACAACUCUUCCGCGCCGUCCCUCUAGUGCUUUUUCCGACUCGCAAAACUCCGUCCAACACUAUUCGAUCAACGAAAAGCCUGCGCCAGAUCAGACACCAGAAUGGAAGAGGAGGCUUGCGAAUGGCGAAGACAUAGGCAGCGACGGGUUCGACCUCUUCUCACCGUCCAAGUUGGAGGGUAUCUUCAAAAAGCCAAUGCCAUCGAAACCAUCGAGCGAAGGCAAAGUCGAACCCACCGAUCUCGAUUCGACUUCUUGGAAGCCAUUCACCCUCCCUGUCUCCCAUUCCUUACCGGACCAAUACAGCAGCAUUCGACAGACCCGAAGUCUGCCCAACCUGGAAGUCUUGGAAGAGGUCAACGAGGAAGAGGAGCUGUCUCAGGACGACCUAUCCGCCCUGUCUGCAGAUUCUGCGCGUGAGGGAUCGCUCCGAGGUCUUGUGAGGCAGCGGGUCCAAUCUCUUGAGCGUGCUAAUGCAAACGACUCCGUGAGACCAUCUUCAGCGUGCUCCAUGGAUCCGCAAGAAAGGAGCGGAUAUGAUAUGCACGACUCCCGAUGGAGGACGGUCAGUGGUCAGGAAGAGUUAAAGAAUGAGCUCAUCAGCCCGGUGACGGUGUCAAAGCAGAACUCGAUUCGCGCCACAGUCCUGCGCAACUCUCUUGAGGCCAAUAUAAAGUCGUUGGAUAGCAGAUUGAGGAACAUUGCGCCGGCGACCGCAGACCGCCCAACCUCGAGCUCGAGCGACAGAGACGUCAGCUAUGGAAAUAGUUCCAUUGUUCAUGCCGCUACCCAUGACGAGCCUCUACCCGACUUGACCUCCCAGUCUCUCCCGGAUGACUUGUCAAUGGGGACGCAGGACUUCAUUUCGCAUGGAGGAUUUAUCAAUUCAAGACGCGGUGGUCGUUCCAAUGAAGCUUCUUUCCUCCGGAAAUCUCUCAGCUUGUCGCAAGAUCAUUCACAAAUCGAGUCAAACUCGCGGCCGGUCUUCCAAUUCCACAGUUCGCCUCCUCAGCCCUCUCGCCUGUACGAUGACAGUAUUGAGCAGAGUAAACUCAGCGCAAGCGCUCCGACCACACCCCAAGAUACGAGCGUUGUGCAUCACACCGAGGCCUAUACCAAGCCUGCAUCGUCCGGAAGCCCCCUCAAGCUUUUCGGCAACCGAGAUACUUACACAAACAACAAAUUAAUGCGGAUAUUAAGCCAUUUCGAAGAGCCAGGCGACCAGUCAGAGAAUUCAGGCAAUGACCACUCACCCCAAGAGCAGCAGGAUAACGCUCUUCGCAUGAGCCAGUUCGGAAAAGGGGAGCUUGAUGGCUUCGGCUUUGUCCAAGACAUUCCCAAACCCUUGUCUAUCGAAGCAGCUGCGGUUGGAUCAGAUGGUAGAAUUUUCAAACCUGUCUCCACCGAUGCUGGCAAGGACCAGGAUGCACCAGAUCAGGCUGGCAGAUCAGAAACCGGCCCCCAAGAGGGUCAUAUGCAAGACGAGCUGUUGACCGAUGCCGGCAUCUCGGGAAAAAACAGGACGACCAAGCGACGCAAGACGCUUGUUAAAGACAAGGUCAGUGUUGAAGGCCACGAGCUGGAAUUCAAGAUCAGCCAGUUGGACGAAACCGCCACUCUUGCCGGAAGGAAGCGAAAAGAUGCCAGACCCGGUGAUGAUGGCACGUUGGCCGACCCUGAAGUUCUUUCUUCGCGGAACCUGCUGAAGCCCAAGUUACCGAGAAGAGAAUCAGUCGGUCGGAUUCCAUCGGAUGCGCAUGACGGGUCGGUGGUGGGGGAUGCUGUCGCAGACAGUCCUGCAGAUGGUCUUACGGAGGCCCUGGCGGCAGAACUGGCCUCAUUUGCGCAAGGGGCUGCUCAGGUCAAUGAUGACUCUCGCAAACCAUCACUGGCCACCAAGGACUAUAUGGAAGAGGCAAACAAGGUCAUGCAAUUCAUCCGUUCCCGGGGCAAGCCCAAGCCCUCGUUGCCAGAUAUCAGCGAGCCUGGAAACAUGUCGGAACUUGAUCCAGACGCGAUUCUUGACCUGGAGAUCGACGCAGACUCGACAAAGGAUGACUUCUCACGGCCACCAUCUCGCGAGCGCAGUUCGAAACCGGUGCCAGAUCGGCGCCAUGCACGACAUGACUCCAGGACUGCGAGCUAUCUGAGGCAAUACCAAGAUCAAGAUGAUAUGGACGUGUUGGCGAGCACGUCGGUUUUUGGAACAUUGGCUCCGAUGAAUGACAAGAUGGUUCAGGGACAAGCACCAGUUCCUACGCUCGAUGAAUCACAGGAGAGCAGCCCCCCAAACAUGCGCAUCCUGAAUCAUUCCGAAACGAUGAGAAAACGGAAAUACUCGACCUCGACGGUGGAUGGACCUCAAGAUUCGCCGUUGACGCGGCCUCUACACAGCCACCACUCUGCAGGGAGUUCGACGCAACAUACAUUUCCCACCAGCUCGUCCACAUCUGGUCAUAAAGGAGUCAUUGCGUCUGGAACAGUCUCCAUCCCCGAUCAUGUUGGCCUGAUGACCUUUGACCACGAAAAGAAAAUGUGGGUGAAGAAAAUGGCACUGAAGGAACCAGCUCGACCGGCCAGCCGACUUGAACGAACCGAGGACGACCCUUUCGGAGACAUACCUGAUCUCAGCAUUGAUGAGCAGCAAGAGAUGGACUUGAGAGCCCGGCGGGUACAAGCGGCAGGGGAAGACAACCGUCCCACCGCGGCUGCAAAGGAUACAGAAGUCUCUGCGCAGGCUUACCGACAGCCUCUAGCAGAACUCGACCUGGAAAUCGUGAAAGAGAGGGACCAAAGAGACCGGGUUGGUACGGAGACGGAAGAUGAGGAUGAGCAGGAUGAGGAUGAUGAGCAGGAUGAGCACGAUGAGGAGGAUGAGCACGAUGAGCACGAUGAACAGAUGAACCAAAGCUCCCUGCGCUCAAAGGCCUCGGAGCACGAGGUCAAGCUGCACGAUGGGGCCGCGUCAGUGCCUCCUCUCCAAGCCAAGGAAGGUCGGAAGCAGGCCAGAGUCGUGACCAUUGCUUUUUCGUCGCCGGUUGUGUCAGCGGUCAACUACGCAGAGAUGUCGGAGGAGGACUUUGACGAUUUACCCCGUGAAGAAGAUCUUCCGCUCGAUGACUCUGAGAUAGAUCUGAACGACGAGACGGUGGACCACCGAGAAAUCCCUCGAAGCUUCCCGGCACAGAAAUGGACGGACUCACUCCCACAAAGAGGACAAGAUGCGUCCGGUGAACACAACUUUACCGUCACCUUCCAGCCGCGGACCAUAUCGCCGAUCGCGGAGGGCGACGAGGGGCAGUUCGAUGGGCCCAUGAGCAUGAUCCGGGUGAAAACAUCGACCGAACUCACUCCAGCGGGCCCGAGGACGGUGUCGAAACGUCAGAAGGCCGGGAACAAAGGCGCCAGCAUUCUCUGCCUGACUCCCCUGUCCGACUUCUCGGUGCAUCAGGUGGACAGCGUCAAACAUGGCGAACAGAGCUAUGUGGACGAGAGAAAACACCCCAAUGCCCUUCGACAAGCGCAUGGCUCGCUUGCUUUGGCCGUGGACGAGCUGGUCAAGGCGAUCACGGACGCCGUGCCCGACGAGCUCUACUGGGAACAACUCCGCCGGCUGACGCUGAAAAGCGAGGGGCUUUGUUCCGUCCACGGUCUCAAGGAGUACUGUCCCGCACUGGAGGUGCUCUCGGUAUGCGGCAACCAACUCACCCAGGUGGGGGGCCUGCCAGGGUCUCUUCGUGAGCUAGACAUGCAUAACAACAUGCUCAAUGACUUGACCUCAUGGGGUCACUUGCACAAUCUCCAGUAUCUCGAUGUCUCUGGGAAUCAGCUGGAGAGUCUGGAGGGGUUCAGCUCGUUGGUGCAUCUGCGAAACCUCAAGGCCAACAACAACCGCAUCAGCAACAUUGACGGCAUUCUGGAUCUCAGCAGUCUCCUCCAGCUCCAACUCGGCGGCAAUGAACUCACGACGGUCGAUUUCGAGGGCUCCGAACUCAGUCGACUGAGGACACUAGACUUGAGUCACAACCAGCUGGUCACGGUGCAGAACCUCCACUGUCUCCCCGAGCUUGCCGAAUUGGAUCUCUCGCACAAUCUGCUCGACGAGUUUCCGCCACCCAGCGUGGACAAGGCUCUCGCAGUGCGCGACCUGCGACUGGCACAUAACCACCUGGCUGUGAUCCAGCUCCAGGCGAUGCCAUUGAUCACCCGACUAGACCUAGACGGCAAUAGCAUCCAGGAAAUCAGAGGACUCUCGCUGGCUUACAACCUUGAGAUGUUGUCGCUGCGGGAACAGCGAGAGUGUCCGCAUGUGAUUGAUCUGGUGCUCUCGACGCCGAACGAGUGCCGCGAAAUCCGCCUGUCAUCGAACCAGACUCAGAGCGGGACCUUCCGUCUUCCCAGGCUGCCGCAGAACAACCUCCGCGAGUUGGAGAUUGCGGCAUGCGGCAUCUCGGAGCUGCCGGCAGGGUUCGGAGCAAGCUUUCCCAACUGUCGAGCCUUGAAUGCCAAUUUCAACGCCAUCAGUGACAUCGCUCCGUUGCGCCAAUUGGUCCAGCUGAAAUCUUUGCUUCUGGCCAAGAACCGCAUCAAGAAGUUGAGGCGAACCUGCCUGGUCUUGUCGAGGCUGGAAUCACUACAGCGGGUUGACCUUCGGGACAAUCCUUUGACCGUGGGAUUCUACAGCCCUGUGGCCAGUCAAGCGACGGACGGCCACGGCUUGCCCGAGGCACGAUAUCAUCUGCCAGAAGGUUCGCCAACGGAGGAUAUGAGCUGGAUGAAAGUGCUUGACGAGGUGACGGGGUUGAGACGACGCACCAUUGAGCUGUUGCUGGCCGAUCACUGCAAGAAUCUCGUUCGACUCGACGGCCUGGAUUUAUGUCGUGAACGGGUCAGCAAUCAUGACGUGACAUGGGGGAGACUGACUGCUCAGGGGGUGCUCAAAAUACCGGCAGCAACUUCUCCCCUAGCCUAG